AACAUGAUGGUGGACGGCUAUGAUUUCAAGUGUUUCCAUGACCAAGUUUGAUUUCAUUACCUUCUGGGCGUCAUCGAUUCAUAUUCUAUAACUUGUGUUUGAACUUCACUCUGAUCGAAAAGAAAGACGGGGAAAAUGUCAGAGAACAACAGCAUACACGUUCUCAACAUGACAGCAUGUGAAGGAAUUAACCUGCCUUUUACGCACAGAUUUUUACCCGCGGUGUUCAUGCUGGUGUUUGUCGUCGGGACAUUUGCAAACUUCUGUGGGUUAAAAACUGUUUGUACAAGCUGGAAGAAAAUUGGGAGUAUAAACAUAUUCAUUCUCAACCUUGGAAUAGCUGACUUGCUGUACUUAUUUACGUUACCAUUUUUGGUUGUCUAUUACGCGCUAAACAGUAAAUGGAUAUUUGGACAAGCAUUCUGCAGGAUAACUAGAUUCUGCUUCAAUUUGAAUCUCUACGGCAGCAUCGGGUUCCUGACAUGCAUCAGUAUUUAUCGAUACCUCGGUAUUGUGCACCCAAUGAAAGUGAUGGGGAAAAUCCACACUCGCCACUCCGUGGCAAUAAGUUUUCUUGUCUGGAUUUUGGUUUUCAUUCAGAUACUUCCCGAUAUGUUCUUUGACAAGACAGGGACAAAUUCCUCAUAUUCGUGCUAUGACUCAACAGCCGACGACUUUAUCAAGGAUUACCUUCCGUACAGUAUUGGCUGGACCAUUACCGGAUUCGUUAUACCGUUACUGAUCAUUCUGGCUUGCUAUGGACAUAUAGUAGUGGUUCUUGCCACCAAAGCCAAUGUCAAUACUUUGUUGAAACAACGGUGUCUAAAACUAGUCAUCAUCUUGACUGUGUUGUUCUCAAUUUGCUUUAUCCCUUACCAUGUUUUGAGAAAUCUCAAUUUGAAAAUAAGGAUUUUGAAAAUGGAAGGGACCUGCAAAGCAAGCUUCGAUGAUAUUUAUGUUGCUCAUCAAAUCAGCCGUGGCCUGGUUUGCAUGAAUAGCGCAAUCAAUCCGUUAAUUUACUUAGUUGGAAAUGAUGAUUUCAUCAUGCGUUUUCAUAAUCUCAGCAAUCGAGCCAGGAUGUCUCUUGUUCAAUGGACUGGUGCUGUGAUUUACCGCAAUACACCUGAGGCAGAUCCAGCAACAGAAGAAUCUCAACCAGUAAACUUUGAUCAGUUAGUUAUUUUAACCCAAAACUUGACUGUCAGUAUUUGAGUAUUCUAGUAUUUGAGGUUGUCUACGCCAUUAUUGUACCAAAGGCCUGUAAGUAUGUAAAUAUGCUAUGCUCAUUCUCAGAGUAUUUUAUUGUGUAAACGUGAACUCCUUUUUGUCGUUGAAUGCCCUUGUGUAAAGUGAAAUAAUGUUCCAUGCAUUUAGUCAGUGAUAUGCAGGGCUAACUACGGGUUUCCAGAACUAUCUAAUAUAUUGAAAUGUGUAAAUACCCUUGUGUAAAGCGAAUUACUGUUACAUGCAUUUAGUCAGUGAUAUGCAGGGCUAACUACUGGUUUCCAGAACUAUCUUAGAUAAAAAUGUGUAAAUACCCAUGUGUAAAGUGAAAUACUAUGUCACUGAAAUAAACAUAAACUCAAUAUGCAUUUCAGAUAUUGCAUAAGAAUUACAGGCAUUCCAGCAGCUUAUUACACAUAGCCUACUAG